UAUAUUUUGGUUGUGUUUUAUGUUUUGAAUUAUUAUUUGUAUUUUGUGUUUUUUUAAUAUUCUGAUUUUUCUAGUAAGUUUUGUGUUUUUGUAAGUUUUGUGUUUUGUUUUAAUUUUAUAUGUGUUUUUCAAUGUUUUUGUGUUUCAAAACUUGUUUGUAUUUUUAAAGUUGUAUUUUUUUAAUUUUACAAACUCAAGUUUAUUUUUGUAAUUCAAGUCUAUUUUUCGCAAACUUGACAAGUUUAGGUACAUUUGAGUAUAUCUUUUUUUCCUUUAACAUGUUUGCAUAUUUUCUUUUAAAUUUAAAAUUUUAUACUAAAGUUUAAAUAGGAUAUAUUAUUUCCCUCUUGGGAAAAUAAGGAGGCAGAAAAUAGAGGAAGGAAAUUAGGAAGAAAUAAAAUUGACCAAAGAAUUUUUUUAAAUUUUUUACUAUAAAUGAGGUUUUCUGGAUGAGUUGAUGAUAAUCGAGCGUCUAUAGAAUUGCCUAAAAAAUAGAUAAAGCUAUGAAAUUUUGUAUAAUUAUUGAUAAUAGUCAAGAACUCGGUGCGGAUAUAGAACAACAAUUAUGGACAAAUAACGAAAGAUUGUUACUCAAACGUCCAUUUUUUGAAUUACGCAUUUUUCCUGUUCUGCCAAAAGACAAUGGGGAAUGGAUUUGUAUUUUGGAAACUGAUCCUUUAUUUGCUGAGGAAUUGCCGCUUCAAAAGGCUGGUGCAAAAUUGUUGGUGUUAGGUGGGUAAUUAAAUGUGUUUUCUU